CUUAUAUUAUAUACAAAUUAAACGAUCAUGGCAGAGUCAACCCAGAAUAGCCAACGAAUUUUCCCAGUGCUCUCCAUAUAUUAUUAACUAGAACGGUAGUGCCCAAAGCCCCAAGGGGGGCAAAAGGCAAAUACUAAUAAUAAUAGUAAUAACAUGGGAGUUCUCAUUCCCUUCUUCCUCUUGUUCUUCUUCUUCCUCCUCCUCACCCACUUCUUCUUUCAGUUCUGGAGAACAAAGAAGCUCUCACACCUCAUUUCCUUCUACAGGAACCGUAACCGCUUACUCGAAUGGUUCACGGAGCUUGUUGCUGAGUCACCAACCAACACCAUCGUGGUUCACCGCUUAGGCUCACGUAGGACCAUUGUAACAGCCAACCCUUCCAACGUUGAGUACAUACUCAAGACCAACUUCUUCAACUUCCCCAAAGGCAAGCCUUUCACUCACGUACUGGGUGAUUUUCUCGGAAACGGGAUUUUCAACGUGGACGGUGACCGUUGGUUUAGUCAACGUAAGGUCGCAAGCCAUGAGUUCUCAGCAAGGUCGCUAAGGAAGUUCUUAAUGUACACUCUGGCGGAAGAGGUGUACGGGAGGCUCGUCCCUGCGCUAGAGGGAGUUUCGUACGGUGGAAGCGUUCUUGACUUGCAAGAGAUUCUCGCGAGAUUCUCGUUCAACGUGAUCUGUAAGUUCGCCAUGGGGAGUGGUAAUGCGUGUUCUUUGGACCCUCGUGUCCCCGUUUCGUCGCUCUGGAGAGCGUUCGAUGUGGCGGCGGCGAUAUCGGCGAGGCGAGGGGCGGCACCGUUGUUUGUGAUAUGGAAGGUGAAGAGAUUGCUUGGAGUUGGAUCUGAGCGGAGGCUUAAAGAAUCGAUUCUUGAGGUUCACACGCACGUGAUGAAACUGAUACAUGAGAAGAAGAAGAAGACGAUGAAAAAUAAUAAGGAGGAUUUCUUGUCGAGGCUUAUAUGUGCUGGUUAUGAAGAUGAUGUUGUUAGGGACAUGGUGAUAAGUUUUGUGAUGGCUGGGAAGGACACAACUUCAGCGGCAUUGACAUGGUUCUUUUGGAUAUUGUCACAUUAUCCCGACGUGGAGGAAAAGAUUUUGAAAGAGGCAGAGGCAAAUGAACCAUUAAAUUAUGAGUCACUUAAGAGGUUGAAUUACUUGAAAGCGUGCCUAUGCGAGUCAAUGAGGCUUUUUCCACCAGUGGCAUGGGACUCUAAGCAUGCCUCAUGUGAUGAUGUGUUGCCAGAUGGCACUGUGGUCAAAGCAGGAGAUAGGGUCACUUAUUUUCCAUAUGGAAUGGGGAGACUGGAAGCAUUAUGGGGGUUGGAUAGGUUUGAAUUCAGGCCGGAGAGAUGGUUUACUGGAGGAAAGUGGACUGAGGUUUCUCCGUACAAGUUUCCAAUUUUUCAGGCUGGUCCAAGGGUGUGUUUGGGCAAGGAAAUGGCUUUUGUUCAAACGAAGUAUGUUGUGGUUUCAAUUCUCAAGAGAUUUAAGAUCAGACUCGUUAGCACAAAUAAGCCUACGUUUGUGCCACUUCUCACUGCACACAUGGCCGGCGGCUUAAAGAUAUUCAUUUCAAAUAGGGAGAAAAGAAAAUGAGUUAGAAGAGCACAAUUUUUUAUGUUCUUUUUUUCUUUCUUAAGGUAGUGAUUAGCUCAAUUCUUUUAAGGUGGCAGAUUAGCCCAAUUUUUUAAUAUUAAAGUGUACUAGAUUAGAUAUUUUAAGGGGACAAUUUGGAGGCUCACCAUUUUUCUUUUCCUUUUAUGUUGGCGUUUCGAGACCACCGAGAAUGAAAGGGAAAUGGUUGGUGUACCAUAUUACAUCG